CGAGGUGAAGCUGACGGACUUCGGGCACUCCAAGCUCAUCCAGGACGGCUACAGCGUGGCCCUGACCCGCGUGGGCACCCCGCAGUACUGGGCCCCGGAGGUCUGCGAUCCGGCGAAGGCGUUGCGGGGAUACGACCAGAGAGUGGACUUGUGGAGCCUGGGCGUUGUGCUGUAUGUUAUGCUGGUUGGGCACUAUCCCUUUGACGGUGUCUCGGAUACGAUGGAGAACCAGAUUCGGAGAGGAAGUAUCUCGUUCAGUGGGAUGGCACGCGAAAUCUCUGAUCAGGCGAAGGCUUUGGUCAAUGGGUUCAUCAAGGUGAAUCCUCAUGAGAGAAAGUCCCUGGCUGAUGCGUUCUCCGAUCCCUGGGUGGUCAGCCAGGGAGGGCCCAAGCGGUUGCAGAAGCUCUGCACAGAGGUGG